AAAAUUUGACAGGAAAGUAAACUGUUUAAUAAAUGUGAACUUUGCCGCGUCAAAUAUUGAGAAAAGGUGAACAAGUUCGUAAAUAAUUGUGUAACUGUUUGCUGACUCCUGGCCCAGUUGGCAAGCGUCGCCGGGGCCGUUGACAGGUACGGAGGCAUAUACAGCCCUGAGGUAGGCUGGAGAUGACAGGGAAUAGCAACAGCUCACGUGUAUGUAGACAUUUGUGGUAAACGUGCAUCAGUACAUAAUGAAAAGUACAUGUAUCGCAAGUCCAGUCUGUGAAAUACCAUAUUGAACUUUGUCAGUGCAGAGGAAUCUGAAAAGAAAUCAUGUGUGAAAGUACAAGAAGAAAUAUUGUCUCGUACUGACUUAAGAAUUAUUGUAAAUGUUUUCCUUAAGGAUGUGGUGGAGAGAGAUGUUCUAAAAAUGUCAGUGUCAAAGCGCAUAUUAGAUUACGUUGAAAUUAUUGAAAAAUCGAAAUGGAACGAUGGCCUUCCCCAUAGUGUGCUAGAGAAGGUCGAGUGAGACGUAUUCCAUUUCGAACUCCAAAAGUUAUCGAUGGAAGGUGUUAGAGGAUGCUCGGGUAACAACGGCUCAGCCCUCGGCCAGCUGGGAGUGGGAUAAUCUUUGGCUGAAUGUGUCCAUGGAUGCCCUGUAGUGUCUGUGGAUGCCCUGUAGUGUCCAUGGAUGCCCUGUAGUGUUCGUGGAUGCCCUGUAGAGAGUGCCAGAACUGGACAAUCAAGCAACUGGACUAUGUGGUUCCAUCGAGGCAUCUAUCACGUCAACCCUAAGCCCAGCCGGCGCCCAAGAGCUUGGUCUUGUUGUGAGUUGCUGACUUCUGCAGCGGGCGGCUCCGUGGGGCAGAUGGGCGCCGGCGCCACCUUCGGGGAGUCGGUGCUGAGCGACGGCCCCAGGAGGAACACCAUCAUCACCAGCGACAACUGCGAGCUCCUCAGGGUCGAGCAGAGGGACUUCAGGCACAUAUGGCAGAGAAACAAGGAGUUCAUGCAGGACGUGAUCUCCAGCUCCUCCAGGAGGGAAGCCUCCUCAGGAUCAGUCAUGGAGGAGGGUCGCGCCCUCUGGCGCCGGGUGGGCUCCCGCCGCCGCCGCUCCACCACCCCCAGAGAGCUCCCCCAGGACCCCGCCCCCAGGGACAAGGGGCGCCGCGCCUCGGCCAUCUCCCCCACCAGGGCCGCCUCCUCCUCCCCCGUCAGAGCCCCCAGCGCCCACCACCAGCAGAGAAGCAGCUCCAUCUCCGUCCCCAGGACCUCCAGUACCCUCCCGAAGGGCUUCAGCAUCACCCGGGGGACGUCCCCGGGGGACUCCGCCCCCCACAAGGGCAGCAACUCCCACGUCGGACCUUCAAUGGGCGACACGCAGAACAGGAGCAAAUGUGAGUCUCCCCCGAGGGAACCCUCGUCGAGGACCUCCACUCCCCGAGGGACGCCGACGAAGUCCCCGCCGGUGCAGGGGACCCCGACGAGGGAGGGUCCCCGGCGACCCAGCCUCACCCGGGCCUCCAGCUUCGACAGCCCCUCCGUCAGUCCCCGACGCUCCAGCUUGCGCAGCGCCGUCCUCCGCCUCCGCUGCGAGUCCCAGGACACCGCCGAGGAAGACGACGAUGACGACGACGAUGUCCCAGGGAUAAGCUUCAGGAGACUCGGUAGGGAUGACGAUGACGGGGAAGACGAAGACGAUGCCGACGAUGACGACGAAGAGGAGGAGGAUGAGGAGGAGGAAGAUGAAGACGAGGAGGAAGAGGAGGACAUGAACGAAAGCAGGCCCCCUGGGCGCGUGGUCAACGGCGACGGGGCAGGGAAGGGGCGCCGACGUGGGGGCCGCCGACGGGGCCACAAGAAGGUGGAGCAGCAGCGCUCUCAGGAGCUGGACUCCCCCAGCAACGCCGCCGUCCCCAUUGUUGAGGCCCCCAGCGUGAAGGUGUGCGAGGCGUCGUGGGUGCUGAGGACCUUGCUGCUGGCGCGAGCUCCGCACCUCCUGCGCGACCGACGACACCGCGGCGUCGUCCAGCCCAGGUGCGGCGUGGGCACCGAACUGACGGAGUGGCUCCUCUCCCUCUCCUCCACCGUCCACUCCAGGUCGCAGGCGGCUGGCAUGUGGCAGUCGCUGCUUGAGGAAGGCGCCAUCUUUCACGUGACGGGGGAGCAGCCCUUCCGGGACAAGUACCUGUUUUACCGGUUCCUGGAGGACGCAGCAGCGGCGCCAGGAGUGGCUCCGGUGAUGCCUUCGCCGUCAGAGAGACGCGAGGCUGAGGACCGACUCACUCCCAUCUUGGCCUUCCUCCAGCAGCGAGCUCCGGACUCCAUGCUCAGGAUGAUCCUCAGGAAGCCAAGCCACGAGCGGACCAUUGAAGACCAGGAACUCAUUUAUGAGGAGCUGCUCCAUCUCAAGGCUCUCUCCCAUCUCUCCAACUCCGUCAAGAGAGAGCUCGCCUCUAUCAUAAAGUUCGAGUCCCACUCCAGAGAGGGCACUAUAUUGUUCCAGCAGGGCUCCGAGGGCAAGUCAUGGUACAUUAUCUUGCGGGGGUCUGUCAACGUCGCCAUCCACGGCAAGGGCGUCGUCAACACCCUGCACGAGGGAGACGACUUCGGCAAGCUGGCUCUCGUCAACGACGCCCCCAGGGCGGCCACCAUCAUCCUGCACGAGGACAAUUGCCACUUCCUGCGGGUCGACAAGGGUGACUUCAACCGCAUCAUGAGGGACGUGGAGGCCAACACGGUCAGACUCAAGGAGCACGGCCACGAUGUGCUGGUGCUCGAGAAGAUCUCCUCCAACGCCCACUCCCACUCCCACUAUAAGUAUACAGUGAUGGCCGGGACGCCGCAGAAGAUGCUGGAGCACCUCCUGGAGACGAGGCUGGACGGUCGACGAGGCAGUGCAGGAGUGGAGAUGGCCGAGGUCAACCUCAGACGCUGUGACCUCGCCACUACCGACCUCUUCCUCGACGACUUCCUUCUCACUCACAUCGUCUUCAUGCCCUACCCGCACCUCACCCAGGAGCUCCUCAGACAUUACCGUAUGGACAGCCAAGGCAACAGUCAGGACGAGGAGUUCAUCGUGGCCAGCAAGAGGAGGGUCAUCCACUUCGUACAUCGCUGGGUCAUGACCAUCAAGAACCCCGUCUUCUGUAAUGCUUCCGCCACGCAGUUCUUGCAGACACUGCAGGAGGAGGUGGCCAAGGACGUGGAGGAGUAUGGGGUGGCGCUGCGGGACGAGGCUUCACUGAUGCUGAGCGUGGCCGAGGCCCUGGAGCGUCACGAGAGGGACAACUCCUCGGCCGGAGUCAGCAAGUGGAAGCUGCCCACCAGCGGCAGACCCAUCAGCCUCUUCGGGGUGUCGUCGACGGAGGUCUCGGUGGAGCAGCACAGAGUAAUGCGGGCCCAGGACGACAGUAAGGGCAGCGGCAUGACCUCCGACGUUUCUCUCUCUCACCCCUUGAUGUGCUCCUCUGUCAUCUUCCGGGUGUACUGCGCCGACCACACCUACUGCACCCUCAGGUUCUCCCUCCAGACGACUAGCGACGUCAUCAAGAGGUCCGCCGCCGACAAGCUGGGUAUUCGUCAGGAGAACCUGCUGCUGGUGGAACUGAAGUCGACUGGGGAGGUGGUGCCCCUCCGGGAAAAAGAGGUUUGCCCUCCCACGGGUCUCAGCCUCAACGGGCGUCUCUUCAUCUCCAACAAGGACCACCUCGACGCCCUGAUGCCACUUCCUGAGCAGGAGGGUCCGUCGGAAGGGACGAUCAACCAGCUGGAGAUGUACAGCACGCGAGAGCUGGCCUACCAUGUCACUCUCCACGACUGGGACCUCUUCAGCGCCAUUCACGAGUACGAGUUCCUGUACCAGGUGUUUGGGCGGGACCACUUUGGCCAGGUCAUGUGUAAUCUGGACGUGUUCCUGCGCCGCUUCAACGAGAUCCAGUACUGGGUGGUGACGGAGAUCUGCCUCGCCAACACCCUCUCCAAGCGAGCCCAACUCCUCAGGAAGUUCAUCAAGCUCGCUGCAUACUGUAAAGAACACCAGAACUUGAACGCUUUCUUCGCUAUUGUCAUUGGUCUUAGCAACGUGGCCAUCUCUCGACUCUCACAGACCUGGGAGCGUCUGUCUUCAAGGUUCCGCAAGAUGUACACAGAGUUCGAGAUGCUGAUCGACCCCUCCAAGAACCACCGGGCCUACAGGAUCUACGUCUCCAAGCUCCACGCUCCCAUCCUCCCCUUCACGCCUCUCCUCAUGAAGGACAUGACCUUCACACACGAGGGGAACCGCACCCUCACAGACGGUCUGGUCAACUUUGAGAAGAUGCACAUGUUGGCGCAAACACUUCGAACUAUUCGAUAUUGUCGAUCCAGACCGCUUGGUGACCCACUAGCUCUGAACAACACAUCCACCCUUGACAAGAAAGGGUCAGCUACUCCAAACAAGAGACUGUCAACUACUCUGUCAAGAGAUGCCCUUGAAAUUCCGCCCGUGCCUAAAAGUGAAAAUGAGAUCAGAGUCUACGUCAGAAAUCUUCAGGUUAUCGAUAACCAGCGCCGGCUCUUGGCCCUCUCUCAGCGACACGAACCUAAAAGACCAUGAGUAGAAAGGAGAAAGACUCAGACGUCUUUCAGCUAAAAACGUUACUUAUAAUGGCACAAUGUGAACGAGAAAUAAACCCGUUGGCCAAGACCACACCCAGUAUAGUGUAGUGUAUAGCUUUGAGUUCGGGGAAUUGAACCCCCCAAGUGUAUGUUUGCUGGCAGAGGCUCCGUGAAGUGCGAGAAGCACUGGCAGGGGUUCCGCGAAGUGUGGCAUGCACAGAGAGGAGUUCCACGAAGGCGGAUAUUCAUUGGACGAGGUUCCGCGAAGUAUGCCAAUGGUCACAAGCAAUGACGAUGCACAGUGACACUUUACUAGAAGGGGGACAUACCUUCAGCAAGUAACUAUUUCUUCCUCUCUCAGGGAAUGCGUGUUAUUUAAGAGAAUUCAUGUAUCACUAACAAUUAUUAAAGGAAACAAAUUGUGAAACUCAAGACGGAAAAUUAUACUGAACUAUGAAAUGA